UCAAAGGCCUAAUAUUUCCAACCAUCUCUGGCUUGAUUUAACCUAUUUUUUGUUAAGAAAAAAGUUGUAUGAACUCUGCAUUUUUAGCCAAAUGCUUUGUCUGCAUAUAGCAUUUACACUAUCAAAUCCACAGUUGGGGCUUAUUUUUAAAGAAAAGUAUUCCGUUUUCUUGGUACUCUUAUGUUGUGCUAACUUCCUUCUGUGUGAUAGAGCUUCAAGGUAGUAACGUAGUAUUUGAAGUGCAUUAAACAUCAAACAGAUAUUGCUUUUUCUGCUGGGCUUUUGUGGCUUAACUCUGAAGAGUCUAGACUCUAGGUGCCUCUCAAAAUUUUAUUUUACAAAGCAGUGAACUUCAAUGACUGUUUAAUUUUUGGGUUAGUUUUCCUUUGGGAGGGUUAGGCAGAUGUCUGGUAAACACUAAGCUAUUUGUAAAGCUAACUGUUUGACAAUCUUGUGUGGUUUGGAGCAUUUUUCAUUUGCUUAAUAUACCAAGCCAAAUGCAAAUAUUAUGCUUAAUAUACCAAGCCAAGGGAAGAAUUGCAUCAAAAAGGAACAAUGGAAGUGGUUGUGGUGGUCCUGGAAGAUCUCACCAUUGGUUGUUGGAGUGUUUGGGCUGGUUGAAGUUGUACUCUGCUUGUUACAAAAAGUAGAGAGACCGGAGUUUUGUUACUAAGGUUGGGAUUGAGAUUAGUUGCAGAAGCAGUAGUAACUGUGUUUUGGCACUGACCGAUGCAGUUCAGCUUUCUUUGCAAAUCCUUUCUCUGUCGGGAUGUGCAAUGGUGUCAAACAAGACCUUACCUCUCUUGCUUAAGCUGCGCAAUAGCCUUGUCGGUUUGAACAUCCAGAAUUGCCCCGGAAUCAGUUCUAGUGGUGUCGAUUCGCUUGCAGAGCAGCUUUGGAGGUGCGAUGUUCUUUCUUGAGGAUAGCUUGCUUUCAAAAAACCAACCCCAUCGGUCUGUUCGAUCUGUACUACGGUUUGUUGAAUUUGGCGGAGGAGACCAAAAUACAUAAAACAGUGAUAUUUGCCCUUAAAAAUGAAUUAUUUAAGGCAAAUGACAAUUCUAUCCCCACUUUAGACGGCCCAGACGGAAGAAACUAACGGGAGGAUGGCAGCAGGUCACAUUUUGAAAGUCGGAGGACCACGGAUGGUAAUACGAAAGUUUAGGACUAUAUGUGGCGAAAUCACCAAACUCGAGGGAUCUUGGCUGGGAGGCGGCGCUUCCUAAAGACGAGACCUCCAAAUCAACACCACUACCGCCGCUGCCACAAACUCCGUCCUCGUCAAUGCCGUCGUCAUCCGCUGCGAUGACGUCCGAGGAGGAUGAAUCCUCCCGAAUCGCUGCCCUAACCUCACUUCACCGCGCCAUUCUCUACUCGCUUAACUCCCUCCUCGUCACUCACUCCGCCUCGCUUCUAGCUCAAGGACGUCUCAGCUCCUUUCUGACAAGUACCCAUAUCUGAAUGAGAACGUCUUUGUCCCUUGUUGACUCUUUCAGGUAUUCAAUUACCUGGACUAAUCUUUUCUUCACUGAGGCAGUUGGAGUAGGGCUUCUGUUUGGUCCAAUCCACAACCUUUUAUUCAUUUCAGUGCCUUGAAGCAUAAAAAUACGAUCUUGGUUUAACGAAGAUGAUGAAGUGCAUGUAGGUGCAUAUGAUGAUGAAGAGGCUGUGGGCGGAGAAUAUGAUCUUGCUGCUUUGAAAUAUCGGGGCCCUGGAACACUAAUUAACUUUGCAGUAAGAAAAUACUGAUCCAUCCAGAGCUUAACUGCUUUAUUAAACAAAUACCAGUGCCCAAAGCUUCUACCACCAAAUGCUAGAUGUUUCAAAACAAUCUUCUUCGCUUCAUCCCCAGAACUUUCUUUUGCACUGCUGCUUCUGCUUCUACAUUGACCUCCAAGCACGUUUUCCGUUUAACUCACACUGGCAUUGAGGAGGUUUUAGCAUCCAAACUUGCACCAAUCUUACAUAUUUGCACUUCUUUUUCAGACAGUUCUUCCAUUCUACAACAAGGGCAACAAAUUCAUGCCCAAAUAAUUGUGAAUGGAAUUGUAAACACGGGUGUUUUGGGAACCCGAAUUCUGGGGAUGUAUGUUCUCUGUAACAGAUUUCUUGAUGCCAAGAAGUUGUUUUGGCAACUCAAUCUAUGCUAUGCUUCUCCUUGGAAUUGGAUGAUCAGAGGGUUUACUGUAAUGGGUCAUUUCAAUUCUGCACUCAUAUUUUACUUUAAGAUGUUGAGUUUUGGUACAUGGCCUGAUAAGUACACUUUUCCUUAUGUGAUAAAGGCUUGUGCUGGGUUGCAUGCUGUCAAGUUGGCAAAAUCAGUACAUAGAUGGAUUUGCAGUUUGGGUUUUGAGCUGGAUAUCUUUGUUGGGAGUGCCUUGAUUAAGCUCUAUGCUGAAAAUCAUCUUUUAGACGAUGCACGAUGCUUGUUCAAUAAAAUACCUAUGAGGGAUAGUGUUUUGUGGAAUGUAAUGCUUAAUGGGUCUUUGAAUUGUGAGGAAGCUGUGGUUGGAUUGUUUGGGCAGAUGAGGGGAAGUGAUACUAAGCCAAAUUCUGUGACAUAUGCUUGUGUUCUUUCACUUUGUGCUUCUAAAGGAAUGGUUGAGUUUGGGACUCAACUUCACGGGCUUGUUGUAAAGUGUGGGCUGGAAAUGGAUUCUCCUGUGGCCAACACUUUGAUAGCAAUGUAUAUGAAAUGCCAUUGCUUGUUUGAUGCCAAGAAGUUGUUUGAUACAGUGGGGAAAAAUGAUUUGGUUCCUUGGAAUGGAAUGAUUGGUGGAUAUGUCCAAAAUGGAUUUAUGGCUGAUGCUUGGAAUUUAUUUCACAAAAUGAUAGCUAUUGGUGUUAAACCAGAUGGAAUCACCUUUGCAAGUUUGCUACCCUCUGUUUCUGAAUCUGGAAAUCUGUAUCUAGGUAGGUCUAUUCAUGGAUACAUUGUGAGACACAAUGUUACUUUGGAUGUGUUUUUGAAAAAUGCACUUAUUGAUAUGUAUUUUAAGUGUAGGAGUGUGCAGAUGGCAUGCAAGGUUUUUGAUGGUAGCCUGCCGGUGGAUAUUGCAAUUUGUACAUCUAUGAUUUCAGGAUUUGCUGUUAAUGGGAUGAAUCUUGAUGCCCUAGAGGUGUUCAGAUGGUUGCUGGUUAAGCAAAUGAAGCCAAAUGCACUUACUUUAGCAAGUGUCUUGCCAGCUUGCACUGAAUUGGCGGCCUUGAAACUUGGUAAGGAGUUGCAUGGUACUGUCUUUAAACAUGGUUACGAAGGAAAAUGCUUUGUGGGUAGUGCCUUGACAGAUAUGUAUGCAAAAUGUGGAAGGGUAGACCUUGCUCAUCAAGUUUUCUUGUCGUUGUCUGAAAAAGACUCAGUUUGCUGGAACUCAAUGAUUACUGGCUAUUGCAAGAAUGGAGAACCAGAGCAAACCAUUGAUCUUUUCCGCAAGAUGGGUGCAGAAGGAGCUAAAUAUGACUGUGUCAGCAUAUCAGGUGCUCUUUCUGCAUGUGCAAAUAUACCAGCUCUCCAUCAUGGAAAAGAGAUCCAUGGCUUCAUGAUCAAAAGUGCAUUUCGCAAUGAUCUUUUCGCUCAAAGUGCACUAAUAGACAUGUACGCCAAAUGUGGGUACUUGCAUACAGCACGUCGUGCAUUUGAUUUGAUGAAAACGAAAAAUGAAGUUUCAUGGAACAGCAUAAUAUGUGCUUAUGGAAACCAUGGUUUAUUAGAAGAAUGCUUAGAUUUGUUUCAUGGGAUGGAAGAAGAUGGAUUCCAGCCUGACCACGUGACUUUCCUUGCUAUCAUAUCUACUUGUGGUCAUGCGGGUGAGGUUGAAGAAGGGAAGCACUAUUUCAAUCGCAUGGUCCAAGAAUACGGGAUUGUACCUAGGAUGGAGCAUUAUGCAUGCAUGAUUGAUUUGUAUGGGAGGGCUGGUUGUUUAGAAGAAGCAUUUGAAGUGAUCAAAAGCAUGCCAAUUACCGCCGAUGCUGGCAUCUGGGGCACAUUACUCGGUGCUUGUCGAGUUCAUGGCCACGUUGAGCUAGCGGAAAUGGCUUCAAAGUAUUUGUUCAACUUGGAUCCACAAAAUUCAGGCUACUAUGUUCUACUAUCAAAUCUACAGGCUGACAGUGGAGAAUGGGAGAGAGCUUCAAAAAUAAGAAGUUUGAUGAAGGAAAGAGGAGUGCAGAAAAUACCUGGGUAUAGCUGGAUUGAAGUUAACAACACCACACAUAUAUUUGUUGCUGCAGACAAGAGUCACCAACAAUCUACUCACAUAUAUUUUGUUUUAGAUAAUCUUCUUAGAGAGGUGCAGAUGGAGGGAUAUUUAUCUCAAAUUUAUGUCUAACAUUAUUAUGUUAUUGUGAGCAAGAAAUAGGUUUUGGAUUUAUU